AUGCAAAUGUUCUUGAAACGAACAAGACGAUCAACCCCGCCCGCAAAUGCUGAUUUCUGGGGCAUUGAAGAAUUCUACGAUGGAAACUUGGAACGAGAAUGUUUCGAAGAAACCUGCAGUGCGGAAGAAAAUAUGGAGGUCUUCGAUCACGGGGAGCGACAUCGCGAAAGCUGGCACAAGCUUCAGGGAUGCUUCUCGAAGUAUAAAAUUCUUGGCAAAGAAACACCAUCAGAAAGCCAAAAACGAGACUGUUAUCAGUCAGAUACUCGAGAACUUCCACCUGAAAAAUGA